AUGGCUGUAGUUCUGUUUUCUGAGAACACGGCUUUGGCUGCCGCUGAAGGCUUUUUACGCAAGCUUGAACAUGUGGACGGGGGCCUGCUGUGCUCUGGUUGCGGCAGUGGAUGCACCCCUUCAGAUUCGGCCGGGUUUCUUACUGCCGUUGCACUGGCAAUUACAUAUGAAGCGCUAAAGGUUAUGUACUUGGAUGCGCCACGACUCGAUCCGGGCACGAUCGAGAUGCUGCCAUGGCUACAGACGUUCUGGAUUAUUCUCGCGGUGAUAGCCAUGAUUUGCGGAUCCAUCGUUCUUUCCACGCGGCGCCGUGUUUUCCUCAACAUCGUUUGCACCUGUUUUGCGAUAAUGACAUUCCUCGACCUUGCCUCCAACUGGUAUCGCUUCAAGAACCAGCGCGGAAUCAACCCAGAAUAUGCUGCAACGAUCAGGGAUUACCAGACGAAACUAGUGUUGCAAUGGAUAGGACUUGUGACAUACUGGAUCAUCAGCAUCGGCAUGUUCUUUACCUUCUCCACGCUGUUUUAUAGCUAUCAAAAAGAACUACGAGCUGAAGAAAAGGCAAAGCGCGCCCCGGAGACUUCUGAGAGCGAUCAAUUCGUCCAGAGAUCCCUCUCAAUGGCUGCGAUAUAUGAGACUGUGAAGCUGUGGGUGUUGUAUCCGCCGACCUUGGAAAGCGAGACUCUGCAGUGGCUACAGGGAAAAAUAAUUUGGCACGCUGGCGCGGCUGUCACCAUCAUUUUCGGGAUCAUGGCCGUUUUGACGAAGCGUCGGCUUAUGAUUAUAUUUUCGUGGACUUGCUUUGUCCUAAUUUUUUUCAUCGAGCUGUGGUCUUUUCUUGUACACUUCGACAAUCUGGGCAAACCGACAGGUUCCCUCGUAUUCGGAGCCUUCAGUGGAGCGGUAUUGGCCUGCUUCAUUUAUACUUACUCGACAUACGCCGGGUACCUUCGAAAAGAAGAAACUGCAAGACAGGAGCGAAGGGAGAGGCUCGAACUCCUAUUGGCGGAGCCCCAACCCGCUGCAGAAACACAAACUCAAACAAUUUCCCGUUGUAGCUCUGAUUCUUCUUCCAGCCAGCAA